AUGAUCCUGUUGUUCGUGUUCUCAAAGGUCGCUAUAUUCAAAGCGGUGUCAGUGUUCCUCACGAUGCUACUGUUUCAAAAGAUGUUCUCAUUCGGAGGAGUGUUGUUGCAACAGUUCAUGAACAUGAAAGUUGAGAAGCCAGCGCCGGUGUACGGCGGCCCCCCGACACAGAGCUACGACACGGUGGGGUACAGCUACGACCCCCCGGGACACGAGGAGCUACAUGAAGGAUACCCGGCCAGAGAAGGAGGAAGCUUUGACUGGCUGUUAAAUAAAAACAUUACAUAA